AUGGCGCAGGACGGGCGGCUGGCGGUGGUGGAGCACCUCAUCCGCUGCGGCCACGGCCGCUGGGAGGACGACACCAAGACGCGCUGCCGCAUCAUGUGGAAGAAGCCCGCCGAGUGGGCCGCCGAGAUCUACGACUUUGCCAAGGAGCACGGCAUGCUGGGCAACGUCUUUACGGUCUACGAGCUGUACGCUGGCGAGGAGACGCUGGGCACGAACAUCCACGGGAUGGAGCCCUGGCUGCUGCGUGAAGCGCUCAAGGUGCUGGAAGGGGAGGGGAAGGCUGCGGUGAUUGCCGGCGAAACGUGCGAGGAGGACGGAGUCAAGUUCCUCGCUACGGAGUGA